AUGAUGCUCCCCUUGCAGACUAUGCUUCUGGCCUUCGUGGGCGUCGCCGUCGCCAGCCCGGUUGAAACUAUUACAAGUCAAACGGCCGGAUGCACAACCACAAUCACGGAAUUCGAUCGCGGAUUCACUGGCGACUUCAAUCCAAGUACUACCAUUACAAUCUACAAUCAGACAGUCACCACUGUAUCGCCAGUAGACUGUCACGGCUGCAGUUACGUCACGACUACCGUGGAACAGUCACCGUUUUGGGGCGGCAUCGGCCCGGAGAUCCCCGACACCGACAGCGACAGCGACCCCGACCCCAACGACAACGCCGACGACAACGCCGACGGUUACUCCAUAGUUUGGGAGGCCGUGACUCAAGUACAUACAAAGCAGGAGUAG